CAGUGCGUCACCAGAACCCCUGGAAACUAACAUGCAAGUCCAGAAUAGAAAAUAUAACGAGUUAGACAAACUGUAUUAAAAUAAGAUUCUUUUUUUGCGUUGUCAUUUCAUGCGCUUUUUUAAAUAAUUUGAGCUUUCAAAUCAUUUACACAGUGACUGGGAUACACGCUUAUUAGGGUAGAAGUGAGCACUUUUAGCACAGAUAUCUGGAGUCAUCCUCAUAUUUGGAGAUUAAACGCUGAGCGGACUCUGUCGUGCGUUUUGGGAAAGUGCGUUGAACUUGCUGUGAGUUUUGUCUACACUUCGCAAGCAUGAAAUCCGCAGAAGAAGAUGCAUACUGUUACAACCAAAACACCAGCAUCUCAAUUCCUCUGGGCAACCCCUGCCCACCCUCGCAGUACCACAAUCUCCAGACCAGCCCUUCCUUGUCGAUAUCCAUCAGUCAGCCUUCUUCUUUCCCUCAAGAUGACAUGAGCUCGGUGGGCUACUUCCAAACAUCCGGUCCCCGAUCUAAUGGAGCUCCCACAUUGGAGAGUCCACGCAUUGAGAUUACAGCUUACGGCCAGUUCCCCGAAGAUGAGGUGGAGGACAACAGUGUACCUAUGACCAAGCGAGUCAACUCCAUAGUGACAUUAACGUUGCCGAGUGUUGAUGGUUAUCGUGACCCUACCUGCCUCAGUCCGGCGAGCAGCGUGUCCUCUCGUAGCUGCCAUUCAGAUGCCUCAUCAUACGAAUCUGGAUUCUCGUACAACUACGACAACUCUCCGCAGAACUCGCCCUGGCAGUCUCCUUGCGUCUCCCCGAAAGGUUCCUCCUCUCUGCAGUCCUGCACUCUUGGUGCUUCUCCACGCCAUUCUCCAUCCUGUUCUCCUAGGACCAGUAUCACUGAUGACAACUGGAUAGGCAAUCGAGGUUCCCGUCCAAAUUCUCCUUGCGGCGGUAAACGAAAGUACAGCUUCAAUGGUGGGCCAUCACACAAGUACCAUCCGUACUCGCCAAAUCAAUCUCCUGGGCCCUCGCCGCAAACUUCACCUCGCCUCAGUGUGACUGAGGACAGUUGGCUGCCCAAUACUAAUCAGUACACCAACUCUGCCAUUGUUGCCGCCAUCAAUGCCCUCACCACAGAUGGAUUAACAGAUCUAGCGGAGGGGAUUCCUUUGAAGUCCCGCAAGACCAGUCUGGAGCACAGUGCCUCAAUGAACCUAAAAGUAGAACCAGGUGGAGAGGAGACAGGAACCCUGGAGCUUUGCCAGGAUGACUUCUCCUCAGCACGCCUACCCUUCAAGAAGGAGACCUACUGCAGUGGCUUUUUGGACGUGCCCCAACACCCAUAUUGGUCUAAGCCGAAGCCAUACAUCAGUCCAUCGUUGCCUGCUCUUGAUUGGCAGUUGCCUUCCAGCUCAGGGCCGUACAGCCUGCAGAUUGAUGUCCAACCAAAGUCUCAUCACCGUGCACACUACGAGACUGAAGGCAGCAGAGGAGCCGUGAAAGCACUUGCAGGAGGUCAUCCAGUGGUCCAGCUUCAUGGCUACAUGGAGAGCGAGCCUCUGACUCUACAGCUGUUUAUAGGCACAGCAGACGACCGUCUCCUCCGACCUCACGCAUUCUAUCAGGUUCACCGCAUAACCGGGAAGACUGUGUCCACACCAAGCCACGAGGUCCUGCAGUCCAACACCAAAGUUCUUGAGAUUCCUCUUCUGCCCGAGAGCAACAUGAGAGCCAUAAUCGACUGUGCUGGAAUCCUCAAGCUGCGUAACUCAGACAUUGAGCUCCGCAAGGGCGAGACGGACAUCGGACGGAAGAACACACGUGUGAGGAUGGUGUUUCGCGUCCACAUCAACCAACCCAAUGGCAGGACGGUGUCCUUACAGGUGGCAUCUAACCCCAUUGAGUGCUCCCAGCGCUCAGCACAGGAGCUGCCCCUCGUGGAUAAGCAGAGCAUGGAAAGCUGUGCCGCCUCAGGGGGGGAACAGAUGCUUCUCAGCGGGCACAACUUCCAGCCCGACUCCAAGGUGGUGUUUGUGGAGCGAGCACAAGAUGGCCAUCACAUAUGGGAAAUGGAGGCUAAAGUCAACAGAGAAUCAUCCAAAUCUGUGGCUUUGCUUGUGGAUGUCCCACCAUACCGGAACCAAAGAAUAUCCAACCCUGUUCAAGUGAAUUUCUACGUGUGCAAUGGCAAGCGGAAGAGAAGCCAGUACCAGCGUUUCACAUACCUGCCCACAAAUGUUCCAACCAUAAAAACAGAGCCGCACGACGACUACGACCUCCCCCAGGUAUGUGCGCCACUUCAUCCGGCCGGGUUAGCGCUGCAUCCGAAGCCCUACUACAGCCCUCCGGCCAUGACCCCCAUGAUGCCCACAGAACUAAGACCAUGUGUGACGGGGCCGUUCGCAUCGAGUCCUCAGAGACUGGUGGCAAAGCCCAUUUCCCUGUCCUGCUCGUCAUCCCCAAGCACCAGCCCCAAACUACAAGAUCUCUCCCCGCCUCAUCUCUCCAACAAGUGCCUUUCAGCAGGAUCAAACCUGGGCCCCCAGUCUCCUACAGUCCCCCACGUCUCCACCAUCCAACCAACACCUGGACGCUACCAACAGUCCAUCAUCUACCCAUCAGGAAGCAAUGCAUCCUCUCCAGGGUCCCAUCCGUCCACCCCAAACUCUGCACCAGAACUCCCCUUCACUCCCAGUCUGACCCAACCACAGGCCACCAACGAGGCCUCAGCAUUAGUGGCUCAGAUAACCAAAGGACCGGUGAGGAGCGGGUCCUCCCCGCUCCUACAGAAGGAGACGGACCCCCCCUCCAUGCUAGCUGUCAGCAUCAAGCAGGAACCGCAGGAACUGGAUCAAAUGUACCUAGAUGAUGUUAACGAAAUCAUCAGGAACGAUCUCUCCAGCAUCUCCGUCCACAGCCACGCAUAGCAGCUGAGGGUCCCUCGGAGGAAGACCACGGCAAUCAUGAACUUGACCAAAUUUCUUACAGAAAGAUCUGCUUCUGAUAACACCGACUUAUCAAAUGAACUUUGUGUGCACUCGCUCAACAUUAAGGCCGUCAGAACUCACCGAACCCUGCUUUUUUCAUUUCCACGGGGGUCUGAAAACUAACCUAAAAAGCACAGGGAAGAAAAAAAAACAAGUGCACUUCAGAAUUUAUCAGCACAUCCUGCCGAGACGAAGCGUGUGCUAUUGCGGACCAAGUUGUCUCCUUGUUUCUUGUUUGUUUUGCUGUCUUAUUUACUCGAUGUAUCUCUUUAAAUUAUUACAGUUAAGUGCAGUUUGACGUCUUUCUUCAUACACACAGGUCUCCAAGUCAAUUUUCAUAUCAUGUCUGGUCACAAAUCAGUAACUUUGCAGGCCAAAUAACCAGACGCAUGCAUAAUUCCAAAUCAUAUCCUCCUCUUUUUUGAUUUUUAAUCUUGGAUGCAUGCGUAUGUGAAUGCAGGUGCGCACGUCUCACUUUUGCCGUCGUGUUUUUCUUACAUUUCAUCAUCCGGCGGCACUAAAUGUGUGUGGUUUAAUGAAGUAUCUGUUCCUCAUGAAGAAGAAAACAUUGACGACUGAUUGCCAUUGUGGAAAUAUCAUUUCGAAGCCUCGAUCUGUUUGUAAGCCUGAGCGGCCUUAUUGAUUUGCCUUAAAGCUUAUGCCAAAUUGUCGUUUUGUUCAUCGUUUUUGACAGCAGAUGUCUGUGCUUAUGUCUCAAUAGCCAUUCCAAUGUUUAUAGCUUCUCUUUUUUAUAUCAGGUAUAAUAUGUACUUGUUAACUGGAAUUUUUAUAAGAGUAGAAUAGAAAAAAAUAGAAUAGAAUAGUAUAGAAUAGAAUAGACUUAUUUAUUUGGAGUGAGCUGGAAUUAAUCAAACGCAAGCCAUAAGGGAAAUAUAGCAAUUCUGUCCCCUCUGUGGUCACAUUUAGUAGUAAAUAUGUGACCAGAGAAUGACUGGACUGGCAUUUGUCGACCAUCAGAUAUUAUUCUAGCUGUUUUUUUUUUCAAGACAAGAUUAUAGGCUGUGCUCUCUAUAUGUAUAUGUUUCACUAUAACUGCCUCUAUGACCUGAUGGUUUACUGCACUGUGCCUUAAAGUGUUUAUUAAGCAGGAAUACUUUUAUAUAUGUAUUUGUCCUUCGUAAUCAUAAACGUAAUGCAUGUUUCUCAGCAUAUAAUGAGAUUUUUUUAUUUUUACUUUUUGUAUAUUGUAUCCUGUCUGUAGAUUGUUAGGUAAUGUAUGCACUUUAAUUUGUUUUUGUUUUUUUUGGGAUCUCAGAAAUGCCACAUGUUGUUUUUGUUGUUCUUAACAAUCAGACCUAAUACGAUAUAUUCUUCCUCAAGGAAUCAAUGACAACAACAGAUUGUUUGUUUUUCCUGCAAGUACAUGUAUGUAUUUACCCAUGCUAGUUACAUUUCUACGGAGCGUUUGCAUUUCAGUACCAAAAUAUGCACAAUAAAUUCAUGCUUUGUUGGCUCUUUUA